AUGUUUAUAGAAAAUAAAGUUUUUGUAUUUUUUGCCGCUUGCACGUUUUGUUGUUUAGCAGGAAUAAAUGCGGAUACAUUUGAUGAAUGUGAGGACAUAGAUCCAGACACAUAUGUGGCCAGUUCAGAAAGCUGUUCGGCUUAUAUACUCUGUAAUGGUGACGAUUCUGAGCUGUUAGAGUGUGAUGAGGGGGAGUAUUUCGAUAGCGAAAGUGAAUCGUGUGACGCCAAAGAAAAUGUAGUUUGUCCUUUGGACAAUAAUGAGGGAGAAGAUGGUGAUGGCGAUGAAGACGGCAACGGUGAUGGAGAUGGUGAUGAACCUGAAGAAACAUCAACAGCAGCUCCCACUACAAUAGCAACCACCACAGAGCCUGUUACAUCGGCCACAACUACGGCCGAAAUUUUGGAUAUACCACAUUUGGUUAAAGAUUCAUGUCCCAGCUCAGAUGAUCCCAAUCAAAUUAUUUAUGUUUCCAGUAAUAAUACCUGUUCCGAUUAUUAUGUUUGCUAUCAUGGCCAUCCAAUUGAAAUGCAUUGUACAGAUCAUUUGCACUUUAAUGCGCUUUCGGGUAAAUGUGAUUUUCCAGAAAAUUCAAAUUGCAAGAUUUCCAAUCAACCACCUUCGGCUACAAACAGAUGUUUGCCACAUAUCACCGAUUUCUUUCCUCAUCCGAGAAAGUGCAAUUAUUUCUUUUAUUGCAUCAAGGGCUAUCAAACACUACAGCAAUGUCCAUUUUAUUAUGGUUGGGAUAUUGAGAGACGCACGUGCGUUCAUAUGACACAUGCCAAGUGCUAUGACAACACACAUUAGUCUAGCAAUUCGUUUUUUUUUUUGGUUUU